ACGCUCCAAAGUCGGGUCUCCAUUGUCUGUCGCUGCUGAAGUGCCACUAUUUCUUCCUCCAGGCUCCAUCUCAUUUCCUGCUCCUCUCCCUCGCCCCUUUCCCUACACUCCAUCCAUCCAUCCAUCCCCCUCACCUUUUAUCUCUCCCCUGUCUCUCAAAACCCUAACAAAACUCUCUCUCUCUCUCUCUCUCUCUCUCUCUCUGUUCGCUGAAAAAGCAAGCAAGCUCGCUCGCGACGUUAGCCAUGAAAGCACCAGAAAACGACCCAAUAACCCUCUCCAACCACCUCAUCUGUUCCCUCCUAGACUGUAUCCCACACGCUGAGACCUUCAGAGGAAAAUGGUCUCUAGUCAGAGCCAAGCUUACUGACCUCCAAAUUCACCUCUCCGAUUUCACUGACUUUCCCAACUCUUCCUCAUCCAUCCCUCUCUCUCUCGACCUCCUCCACUCCAUUUCCCACACAUUGACCGACGCCGUCUCCCUCUGCCACAAGUGUCAGACCCCUAAUUUCUCAGAUGGUAAGCUCAAGACCCAGAGCGACAUCGAUUCCGUCCUAGCCAAGCUCGAUCGCCACGUCAAGGACGCCGAUAUUCUGAUCAAGAGCGGGGUUCUCCGAGACGGCGUCGCCCCGAGCACCUCUUCUUCCUCUAAGAGAGAGGUCGCUCGGGCUGAGUCGAGGGGCUUGAUUACCCGCUUGCAGAUUGGGAGCGCCGAGUCCAAGAUCUCGGCCAUGGACUCCUUGCUCAGGCUUCUCGAAGCAGACGACAAGAACGUGAUGAUCUCGGUGGCGCAGGGAAUGGUUCCCGUGCUCGUUCGCCUACUCGAUAGCUCCUCCUCCUGGGAGAUGAAGGAGAAGGCCCUCGCCGCGAUCUCUAGGAUCUCUACAGUGGAUAGUAGCAAACAUGUUCUGAUCGCCGAGGGUUUGUUGGUUUUGAACCAUUUGCUCCGUGUUUUAGAUUUGGGAAGUGGAUUCGCCAAGGAGAAAGCUUGUGUGACCCUCCAAGCACUGACCUUUUCGAAGGAGAACGCAAGGGCGAUUGGGUCUCGAGGUGGGGUUUCGUCGCUGCUGGAGAUUUGCCAGGCCGGCACGCCGGGUUCUCAAGCUUUCGCGGCUGGGGUUCUGAGAAAUCUCGCUGUGUUCAGUGAAAUCAGAGAGAAUUUUGUCGAGGAAAAUGGGGUCGCCGUUCUUUUGGGGCUAGCAAGUUCGGGGACUGUAUUGGCGCAAGAAAAUGCAAUUGGGUGUUUGUGCAAUUUGAUCUCCGAGGAUGAAAGUUUGAAGCUUCAACUUUUCAAGGAAGGUGGGAUUGAGUGUUUGAAGAAUUUCUGGGACUCGGCUCCUACGGUUCAGAGUCUCGAAGUGGCGGUGGACUUGUUGAGGCACUUAGCCUCGUGCCCCAUAAUCGCCGAAGUUGUUGUUUCAGAUGGGUUUGUAGCCCGGCUUAUGGGGGUCUUGAAUUGUGGCGUUUUAGGGGUGAGAGUUGCGGCGGCUCGUGCUGUGUAUGAGCUGGGAUUCAGCACAAGAACUCGGAAAGAGAUUGGUGAAUGUGGUUGCAUUGGUCCUUUAAUCAAGAUGUUGGAUGGUAAGGCUGUGGAAGAGAAAGAAGCGGCCGCCAAGGCCUUGUCGAUUUUGAUGUUAUAUGCAGGGAAUCGGAAGGUUUUCAGGAAGGAUGAGAGGGGAAUGGUGAAUGCAGUCCAGGUUUUGGAUCCUUCAGUUCAGAAUUUAGAUAAGCAAUACCCUGUUUCCAUAUUAGCCUCACUUGCGCAUUCAAAAAAGUGUAGGAAACAAAUGGUUGCUGCCGGUGCUUGUGUUUACUUGCAGAAGCUUGUUGAGAUGGAUAUUGAGGGGUCCAAGAAGCUAUUGGAUAGCCUUAGUCGUAGUAAGAUUUUGGGCGUUUUCUCCAGACCUUAGCAAUGGAUGUUGAUGUUGAAUUUGGCUCAAAAACAUGGUUAUAGGAACACAAGGAUCAUUUCCUAUUGAUCUGUAUGUAAAAUAGUUGCGUUUGUUCUUUUUUCAGUUUUUUUUUAUUUAAUUUUUGGGUUUGUUUUUAUCUUGUUUUAAUGUUCAUAAGGGCUGUUUAUUUGCAGUAGAAAAGCCGAUGUUGCUAGCUUAAUUCUUGAUGAAUACUUCUUCUGUGUAGAGACAUGAUCUAGGUUUGGUGACCUAACUGGAUUCGAGUUAUUUGAUUGUUUUUCCCCCCCUCCCUCAAAACUUAAUAAAUUUUAUUGCUUUCUAAUA